AGAUUGUGGCAUUCGCGCACUCGACGUUGAGUUAGUGACACACGUUUAACGCCGGUAAUCCUCGCAAAACAUACGCGUCCCUACUUAAGUGAUAAUAAAUUAUACCUCCUCGUACUUGAUGUAUUGCAUAUUUUAGUUGUAAACAAAUUAUUCUUAGUGAAUUGAUAAACACACCAAAUUCGCACUAGUCGACAAAUGACUUCAGACAGAUUGAGUACGGUGAACCCCAGUGGUCAAGGCAACGACAAUUACGGUUUGGAAGUAUCCGUAGAUAUACCACCAAAUGGUCUAUAUUCAGGCAGCAGUGAUUGUAUAAUCCAGGAUGAUGAUCCCAAAAAUAAACGCGGCUGUUGUAAUACAACUGGUGAUUGGCUAAAUCGCACUGCUUCGAAUGUUUUUCGCAAAAAAACGCUCUACAAACGGUUGCCAAUACUAGAGUGGUUACCCAAAUAUGAUCGACAGGAUUUUGUCGGUGAUUUGGUGGCUGGUAUAACCGUCGGUUUAACUGUGAUACCUCAGGGAUUGGCUUAUGCAGGCAUAACAGGUCUUGACCUACAGUAUGGUCUCUACGGCUGCUUCUUCGGUUGCUUCAUUUAUGUACUUUUUGGCUCCAGCAAAGAUGUACCUGUCGGCCCUACCGCCAUUGCCGCACUGCUCGUAUUUCAAACUGCAAGGGGUAGCUUGGAGAAAACGAUAUUACUUACGUUUCUCACUGGCAUCAUUGAAGUGCUCAUGGGCAUAUUCCAGCUAGGUUUCCUCAUAGACUUUGUGUCUGGCCCAGUUAGUGCGGGUUUCACUAGCGCUGUGUCGCUCAUCAUUUUCACCUCGCAACUCAAGGAUAUACUGGUUGUGAGCACAGAUGGCGAUACCUUUGUCGAAAUGUGGAUUUCAAUAGUAAACGAUAUUCAAAACAUUAGCUGGAAUGAUACGGCUUUGGGCGUUGGUUGCGUCUUUCUGCUGUUGGCCAUGCGUUCUAUGACUAUGGUGAAAAUCGGUCCUAAGGAAGGCAAAAAGUGUUGGCAAAGCGUGAUUGAGAAGGCUAUUUGGUUGAUUGGUACAUCACGUAACGCUGUACUUGUGAUAUUGGUUACUAUUUUGGGUUACACGUUGCGUAGCUCAGGCAAAGAUAUUUUCAAAAUGGUCGGUUAUGUGCCAAAAGGUUUGCCAGAAUUCAAAGUACCACCAUUCUCUAUGACCACCUACACCGACACAACCAGCGGCGAAGUUAUUGAGAAGCACGAAAAUUUCAUACAGAUGGUGAGCAGCUUGGGUGCGGGUCUCAUAGUAGUGCCGUUGAUUUCAUUGUUGGAGAAUACCGCCUUGGUGCAAGCAUUUGCUGAUGGUAAACCCGUUGAUGCGAAUCAAGAACUUAUUGCCAUUGGUCUUUGCAACAUAGGCAAUUCCUUUGCGCAAGGCUUCCGUGGCAAUGGACCGAUCGCGCGUGGCGCAGUAUUGAAUGCUAGUGGAGUUAGAACACAGCUAUCGAAUCUUUACACUGGUAUCAUUGUCAUAUUUUCUUUGCUCUGGCUAACACCUGCUUUCCAAUAUAUUCCAAAAUCCGCACUGGCCGCUAUAAUUUUGGCAGCAGUCAUCUUCAUGGUGCAAUACCGCGUCAUCAAACCGAUGUGGAGAAGUAAAAAAACUGAUCUCAUUCCCGGUCUCAGCGCCUUUGUGGCAUGCCUAUUGUUGCCCCUACAGAUCGGCAUACUCGUUGGCAUUGCCAUCAAUAUCCUCUUUAUUCUAUAUAGUGCGGCGCGUCCAAAACUGCGCAUUGAAAUUGCAACAACUUCGAAUGACAUCAAAUAUCUCAUGCUCACUCCCGAUCGCUGUCUGAUCUUCCCAUCGGUCGAGUUUAUGCGAAAUGUGAUUAACAAACAAGGUCGCAAAUCGACGCUACCCGUGGUCAUUGAUUGCACCUAUAUAUAUGGUGCGGACUUCACCGCCGCCAAAGUGGUCUCACAGCUAAUUAAUGACUUCGAAGCGCGCAAUCAGAAGCUCUACUUCUACAAUCUGCAGCAACGUGUCGCGCAGGUGUUUGAGGGCCUCAACAAUAAGCUGAUCGUUAUCUACGACGCUGAGCAUUUGGAAAUGGAGUUAUCUGGCAAAGAAAAUGAAACAAGGCAGUAGUAACAUUGUAGAUGUUGUUUGUGUAACAAAUUAAUUAUUAACUAACAACCACUGAAGCAGAAAAUCGAGUACUAAAGUGUUAAGUGGCGAAAGUAUGUUUGAUACCCGUACACUCUUAUAAAUCGGUUACUUAAUACAACCAUAUCGUCUGCUGUUAAAUGGAUUUUGUGAUAUAUGUAUAGUAAUAGCUAAAUUUUCGCAUUUCAAAAUAUUUCCCCAGACAUUGGCGCCUUGACUUAUUUGUAGUGCAGUUUAAAUUAUUAUUUACUUGCUACUACUUCGAUAUUUCUUUGUUCAGUGAUAAUUCCGAAAUAUUU